GACUGACACACAGAGUAGUUGAUAGGUACCUACCUUUUUUUCAUUGACAUUGAUUGAACUAAGAUUUUAGGUUAUACCUGGUACAGAAAACCUUAAAAAACAAUUGCACAAAUUUGAUUGAUUUUAUAUUUUGGCAGUUUUAUACAAUUCAGCUGUAGUACAUAACGUGUGAAUUAACCCAUUAUUGCUUAUUACAUCAGUCAUUAAUGUAAUUAUUGAAAUGUUGGCUUUAAGAAUCAAACUUCGUUCUUCUGUAAUUGCUGCAAGAUUAUCCAUUCCACUUUUUAAUAAGUCAAAACUUAGUAACUCAAUUAAACCGCAACAUAAAAGUUGUGAAAAUAUACUUAUACCAAAAUGUAGACUGUACAGUACCAUCACAGAACAAAAGGAAACUACAAAGGGAGUGGCUGAAAAAAGAGAAUUCCAAGCUGAGACUCGUAUGUUGUUGGAUAUAGUUGCAAGAUCCCUGUAUUCUGAUAAAGAGGUAUUUAUAAGAGAGUUAAUAUCAAAUGCCAGUGAUGCUUUGGAGAAGUUCCGUUACUUGAGUGUAAGUGCUGGCCCUGAUGCACCAAAACUGGAGCAGACAGACAGACCACUGGAAAUAAAGAUAAUGACCGAUAAACAGAAUAGAACUAUUACAAUCCAGGACACCGGUAUUGGUAUGACAAAGGAAGAGUUAACUGAAAAUCUUGGAACCAUAGCAAGAUCUGGCUCAAAAUCAUUCAUCGAAGAAAUUAAAAAUAAGGGUGCUGAUGAAGCAAGUUCUAUUAUUGGACAGUUUGGUGUAGGUUUUUAUUCAGCUUUCAUGGUGGCUGAUAAACUAGAGGUUUAUACACGGAGCAGCAAGACGGGUUCGCCGGGGUACAAGUGGCAAUCUGAUGGUUCUGGAACAUAUGAAAUUCAAGAGGCAGAUGAUGUUCCUAUAGGAACUAAAAUAAUAGUUCACCUAAAAACAGAUUGCAGGGAAUUUUCCGAUGAUGAUAUAGUCCAAAAUAUUAUUAAAAAAUAUAGUAACUUCAUUAGCAGUCCUAUUAUGCUGAAUGGAGAACAAGUUAAUUCUAUUAAGCCCCUAUGGUUGAUGGAGCCUAAAGAAGUGACUCUUGAACAGCACACAGAAUUCUACAAAUUCAUUAGUAAUUCGUAUGACAAACCGCGCUUCACCCUUCAUUAUAAAACAGAUGUGCCUCUCAGCAUCAGAUCUAUACUGUAUGUCCCUGAAGGCAAGCCGGGAUUGUUUGAAAUGUCUCGAGAUUCCGAUGUCGGAGUAGCGCUAUACUCAAGGAAGAUAUUGAUAAAAAGCAAAGCUGAAAAUAUUUUGCCAAAAUGGCUACGAUUUGUUAAAGGUGUUGUUGACUCUGAAGACAUUCCACUUAAUCUUAGCAGAGAAUUAUUGCAAAAUAGUGCUUUAAUCACUAAACUACGAACAGUACUCACAAACCGUUUCUUGAAAUUCAUGGUUGAAAUGUCCCAGAAGGAUCCAGUUGGAUAUGACACAUUUUACAAAGAUUACUCUAUAUUCUUUAAAGAAGGAAUUGUUACCAGCCAAAGUCCAGUAGAAAAGGAGGAAAUAGCGAAAUUGUUGAGAUUUGAAUCGUCAAAAUUGGGAAGUGGUGUGAGGACUUCCCUUGCAGAGUACAGUAAAAGACAAAAGGACGAUCAGAAGUCUAUUUAUUACUUAGCUGCUCCAAGUCGAGAACUAGCACAGACUUCGCCAUACUUUGAAUCACUAAAGAAACGAGAUCUUGAAGUGUUGUUCUGUUACGAGAUGUAUGAUGAAUUAGUUCUUUUGGAAUUGAAGGAAUUCGGAGGGAAAGCACUGGUUUCUGUUGAAAAUGAUAUGCAAAAAGACUCUUCAGAUUCAUCUGAAACUGUUAUUGGUAGUGACAGUCUUCAACAAGCACAAGUAGACGAACUAAUAUCGCAUUUGAAAUCGAGCUUAGUCGGCAAAGUUUUUGAAGUUCGUACAACUCAGAAAUUAGACACCCAUCCAUGCGUGAUCACCGUUCAAGAAAUGGCAGCCGCUCGUCACUUCAUCAGGACACAAGCUCAAAAUCUUAGCGAAGAAAAUAGAUUUGCGUUAUUGAGGCCACAAUUAGAAAUAAAUACAAAGCAUCCUAUCAUUAAAAAGCUACACAAACUUCUAUCCAGUGACAAGGAGUUAGCCAACAUGGUGACUCAACAAUUAUUCUCUAAUGCAAUGGUCACCGCCGGUCUCGUCGUGGAUCCUCGAAACCUGAUAACACACAUUAAUGAUUUGUUGGUUAAAGCCCUAGAAAAACAUUAAUUGUAUUUUAUUUUAUUACUCUGUAUGUAUUUUAAUUAUUAAAAGUUCAUAACAUGGC